GUUCCAGACAGAAUAAUUUAUCUAUUUAGUCGUCUGGUUGAUGAAUUUUGAUUUCGGCAUUAAAAAAUAAUGGAGAUGAAUCUUCAUUUCAGAUGCGAAAACAGCUGACAUUUUACAAGUCGAGUCCGGUUGGAGCAGCAAUUUAUAUUCCAGAUAUCCGAACUAAACUUUUUUUUAGAUCGAAAAAAAAAUUCUGAAAAAGUUAGUAGUUUGCUUGAGGUCAUCUAUUCUUUAUUUUUAUAGUUGAAAUCUGGAAUACAUUUUUUUCUAGUUCAAAUAAGCGAAGACCGCAAACAUCCCUUCUUAUAUUGAACCAUCUUUUCCAUUGUUUAACUAUUCCCAAAUUGGCGUUUGGUGAGAAAUUAUCUCAACUUUAGUUGCAUCCUUUGUUCAAUUUUACUUGAGUUCUACAUGAAAAGCCAAUUUAAAAAAAAGUCCCAUCAUAUGUCAAUUAUUUAGCAUGAAAAUUUAUCAACUUAUUUGCUUGUCUAUCUCAUUAAAUUUCCUUCUAAAUUCGAUGGGCCAAAAGCAGGCUCAAAACAAUCAAUUGAAAUAAAAAGUAAAAUAUUCCACGGAAUUUUCUUCCUUCAUUUUUCUUUCUGUUCAUUUGUUUUUAUUGCAACAGUCUCUGAACAAAAUCAUGUUGAACGACGUAUUCGAAAAGGCGAAACAGCUGCAGGCGAUGUUGGGCUGCUGGGGGGCGUUUACUGCAAACGAUACAGUAGCCGUGCUGGAAGAGAACAACAUAACCAUCUCUGAGUACAACUGGGACAGUGUGUGCAGCGAGUUGGCCCAACUGCCGCAGCCACAGAUCGUCCACUUGGUAGUCUACAUAUCAAUAUUUUUGCUGGGCUUCGGAGGAAACCUCGUCAUCAUAUUCCACAUUCUGCACCAUGGCAUGAUAGUGAGGGAUCUCCACUCUUCGUACGUGUUGAGUCUCGCCUGUUCCGAUCUGGUCUACAUAUCGCUGGUACCCCUCCUCGCUAUCCAGAUGGUCACCAAGAGCUGGAUCUUCGGAGAAGUCACUUGCAG